UGUUUAUAAAAGACACUCUCAUGUUGUUUCUUUUUCUGAAAAUCUGAUGUUUCAACAUCCAGUCCAGGACAGAAGAUAAAAUAGAGCGAUUCAAGAAAGCAGUUGAGUACUAUUCUGUCACAACCAAACUCUCUUCGCUUCCAGUGGGUCCCUCCUUUCUAGGCUUUCGAAAUAAUCGGCUUGGAAAUCCUCCCCUUCCAAGAAAUCAAAUGGGCACCAUUUCUGCUGGAAAGCCAAUGUUUUCUCACCACGUGCCCCAGAAAAUGAAAUAUCCACCACCAUUCCCAAUGGGACCCAACUCAUCUCUUCUUUUCUCCUCCCAUGCUCUGGGGGAAUCCAGUGCUUUUUCUGAGGAUCCCAUGCUUCAGGACAACCCCUUUACCAGUUGGGCUGUCUCUUAUGACUCCUCUGCAUCCCAGUUUCCCAAUUACCUGACUUCCAAAGCCUCACCUCCUUUGGGACCAGACUCUUCCCCCUCCUCUUCCUCUGAGGGUGAUGAGCCAAAUGGAGCCAAUUCCGAUCACAUCACAGAAGCACUUCAACAGCAGCCUGGAUGGGACGAUCCCAGUGGUGACAGAGGGUCUUGGGUACAGCCUGUUGAUGCUGGAGUUUCAGAAGCCAGCCUAGGUGAUGGUGAACCUCACAUCCCAUCUCUGUUAUCUAUGUCUACAAGGAACCACAUGGACAUCACCAUUCCACCCUUACCUCCAGUAGCUCCCGAAGUCUUGCGGGUUGCCGAACACAGACACCGGAGGGGUCUUAUGUAUCCGUAUAUCUACCAUGUCCUCACUAAGGGUGAGAUUAAGAUCCCUGUAUGUAUUGAGGAUGAGUGUAACAUGGAACUGCCUCCAGCUGCUCUCCUGUUCCGGUCAGCUCGUCAAUAUGUAUAUGGAGUCCUUUUUAGUCUGGCAGAGACACAACGGAAAAUGGAACGCCUGGCUAUACGUCGGCGGCUACCCUUAGAAAUUCCUUCAGUGAUCCUUAAAGAGUGGUCUGCCUAUAAAGGGAAGUCACCUCAAACCCCUGAACUCGUAUCUGCACUGACAUUUCGGGAAUGGACUUGCCCCAACCUCAAAAAGCUCUGGCUAGGCAAAGCAGUUGAGGACAAGAACAGAAGGAUGAGGGCUUUCCUGGCCUGUAUGAAGUCAGACACACCCAGUAUGCUCAAUCCUGCUAAUGUUCCUACUCAUCUGCUGCUCAUGUGCUGUGUACUCCGGUAAGCCAUAUGACAGGGUUUCUCUUCUACUUUUUUGGACAUUUCCU